GGUAAGCUUACAGAUUCCUCUACAAUAGCAGUAUGAAUGCUAACCAGUGGGUCUGGGACACAGUUUGGACUGGAACCCCCCCGUUCUGAAAUGUGAGAAAGAAAGGGUGGUUUCAGAAGGACACUAUCAGUCAGCACCAUGGGAAAGGAUUACUACAAGAUCCUGGGCAUUCAGUCUGGUGCCAAUGAGGACGAGAUCAAAAAGGCCUACAGAAGGAUGGCCCUCAAAUUCCAUCCAGAUAAAAACAAGGAUCCUAAUGCUGAGGAAAAGUUCAAAGAAAUAGCAGAGGCAUAUGAAGUCCUGAGUGACCCAAAGAAAAGGGUCAUAUAUGACCAGUAUGGAGAGGAUGGACUCAAAACUGGAGGAUCUGGCUCUUCUAGUGGACAGGGGACUACAUAUCACUACACCUUCCAUGGGGACCCACAUGCCACUUUUGCCUCUUUCUUUGGAGGUUCUAACCCCUUUGACAUUUUUUUUGGCUCUGGACGUCACAGGGGAAGCAGCAACGGCUUUGCAGACCACGGGGACCAUGACAUGGACAUUGACAUGGAUGGAGAUGAUGACCCUUUCAGCUCCUUCAGCCACUUUGGCUUCAAUGGCAUCAAUGGUUUUCAUCAUGGCAGACGGCACCGCAACGAGCCUUUGCACAGUGGCAGAAGGAAGGUCCAGGACCCUCCUGUGGUGCAUGAGCUGCGUGUGUCUCUUGAGGAGAUCUACCAUGGAUGUACCAAACGCAUGCGCAUCACUCGUCGCCGACUCAACCCGGAUGGAAGGACAAUGAGGACAGAAGACAAGAUCCUUAAUAUUGUCAUCAAGAGAGGCUGGAAAGAAGGGACCAAGAUCACCUUCCCCAAGGAGGGCGAUGAGACGCCUGAGAACAUUCCGGCUGACAUCGCAUUUGUGCUGAAAGACAAGGGGCACCCGCACUUCAAGAGGGAUGGCUCCAACGUCAUAUACACUGCCAAAAUCAGUCUUAAGGAGGCUCUGUGUGGUUGCACAGUGAACAUUCCUACCAUGGAGAACCGGGUGAUCUCGCUGCCCUGCAAUGACAUCAUCAAACCAGGCACCAUCAAGAGACUUAGGGGUGAGGGCUUGCCUUUCCCCAAGAAUCCUUCCCAACGCGGGGACAUGAUAGUGGAAUUCCACGUGCGCUUUCCUGACCGGAUACCUCCUCAGUCCAAAGAGAUCAUCAAACAGCACUUACCCCAGUCUUAAAGGAAUUUCGUUGGAUCUUUUCACAAACACUAAUGCAGAGGAACACAGAAUGUCCAGGACUGUUUUAUUUAUUAAGCAGUUUGAUACCAUGAAACCCAAGGCUUUCAUCUGGGAUUUUUUUUUUUUUGCAUUUUUAGGAAUAGCCCGGGCUUUCUUUUUCAUUUACCCCAAAUAUUUUUUUUUUCUUAAGGAUGACUUGAAGGCAAAAGGGAAAUAUAUACAAGAAGAAGAAUCAAACUAGUAGAAGAAUUGCUCCUUUAUCAUUAAAUGACAGCUUCAGAUGGAUGUUAUGCUGAUUUUAAAGACAGUAUUGCUUAUUUAUUGUACCAUCUUCACAUGUCACCCCUAUUUAAUACCAUGUGAACAUGCUCAAAUUAGAAUUUUGAAUAAAGCAGAACAUAGGAUAUGCCUUUGGGUCCUUUAGAGUGAUGGGCUGCUAUAGCACCAGCAAGUUGGAUAGUAACCAUUUGAUACAUUUAUAUGCUCAGUCCCAACCCAGCAGUCUAAAGGUGCUUUGUUCUCUGUGACCAGAUUAUUAGGUGCUGUCAUUUAUUACAGGUCUUUACUGACGUGUUUACCACAUUUACUAAUCACAGAAUCUUUGAGUGCCUUAAUAUGGCUCAAACUAACAGUUCUUUUUUUCACAAGAUUUUAGUGUACUGUUACAACAGUAGAUGUAAUCAAAGGACUGUAGUAUUUUCACCUCAACCAAGGCCUAUUAUGGUACUGUAUGCUCCACUGAAGAUUACAUCAGUGUAGUUUCAGCAUGCUUCUGCAUUAACAACCCCAUCUCUGCUCCCCACGUAGUUCAAGGGGAGCACCUAUUUCCCAAAUAAUGUUUAUUAUGUCCAGUAGUGUAUUUGUUCAUAUUCAGAGGUCCUACAAGAGGGGUUUCUGAUCAUGUACUGUAACUGGGAGGAGGUUUUGACAUUGAUGUUCUGCAUUAACUGCGAUUAGACCAGUGGUCACUAACCUUCCUUCUGGAGAUCUACUUUCUUGCAGAGUUUAAUUCCAGUCUGCAUCUAGACUCAGCCUCAGACAUUCCGUGUACGUUAUAUAUAGUAAGCUAAGCUGGCCACAACUGUUUUUUUUUUCAGUUGCAUUCUGAUUGGCUGUCUGCAUGUCAGUUUGCGUACACUUCAUAAGAGCCUUUUGGAGAUACAGCCACUGGCAAUUUACAGCAGCACAUUUUUAGAAGUUAUUUGAGAGUUAUGUUUGGAGCUCUUCAGCAAGAUAUAUUUGAGUGGUUACUGAUGUUUAUACCAUUUUAUUUCCCCAAGGAUGUGUUUUUGUUGCAGACCCAUUUUGAAAAUGGCUAAGUCACACUGUCAGUCAAACAGUGGUUCUUGGCACAUGCUAAGCUAUGAAGUGCACCAUAAUCACUGGCUUUGUUCAAAAUAGGAUACUGUGAACUGUGUACUGCAGUUUGCACCAGUAUAUACUACAUACUGCAUGCUACUCCUUAUAUGCAGUAUAUGUGGUUUGUGGUAUGCAGCAUAGCAUAAAGUAUACCCAAGUUACCAUGUGAAUCCAUGUACCUAGUUUCACAAGCCAGACUUCUACCUACUUUUCACCAAAUAAUGUGGCCAAGAAGUGCAUGCUUUGUCAAAAGAGGUUGUUUGAAUGCCAAGCAACCAAUCACUGCCCACUCUUUUGGGGGGAGAUGGGUGUUAUAUAUGUCUUGCUCUGAAAAGCUUGAUCUUUGUUGAGUAGUCCACUGAAAUAUAAAUUAUUGCUGACUAGAAUUCAGCUGGUAAACUGAUGCAUGGACGUACAGACAAAAUCAGAAUGCAACUGGCAAACUCUGUUACUUAUGGCCAGCUUUGUGUACAAAAGAUAUCAAACUCUCCAUUUCCAUGUGGCCUGAGACCACCAAACUUUACUACAGUGUGAUUAAACUCUACCAACAGUGAGAGGCUGAGACAAUCAAAGCAAACAUAAUAUCUGCCUCAUUUUCUUAGCCAUCUAAUCACUGAUGAUGAUCAAUGAUGCUUUUCUGCAUUGCAGGGGUGGUCAUUUCUGAUCUUGGAAAGCUGGAAGUCCAGGAUGGUUUGAUGAUACUUUCUCAGACACACAUAUUAAAGCUGGAAAAUAACAGAUUAGUUGCAUCAGGCAUGUUUGAUCAGAUUUAUCAUCUGGAGAGUGGCUGUCCAGGACAGGAGUUGAAAAUUCCUGCAUUAUAGGAUGUGCUAUCAAUGUAUCACGAAGAUACCAGAGUAGUACACCAUCCAGGUAUCUUUGGUGUACUGGAUUAACUCAUUUUGGUGACAUGCUCUUUACCCAAAAACUGGUGCUUUUGGGCACAGUGAGUAUGUGAGCAGGUUUUUACAAUGAUGGCGUCUGACUUCAUGCAGAAGUCUGGCUUGUGAGAUUAGCUUGCGUCUAACAUGCUGUUUCCCCUCCUUUCUUAACACCAGUGCAUCUGAUUCAACCAAUCAAGGACUUAAAUUAAUUAGCUGGAGCAGAGGUGUGGCAGAUUGUGGUUGGUACUGGACUCUGCAGUAAGUUAGAUGACCAGGACCAGAGCUGGUCACUACUGCAUUAGAAUAUAUUUAGGAAUUGUUUCAAUAUUCUUUUAUCAGUAUUAAUGUUUUUUUUUUUUUAAGUAGAGGCUUGUUAAAAUGCUCCCGAGCAGGAGUAUUAUUUAAAGUACAUCCUCAACCUGGACUAUCAGACAAUCAUGCAUCUUUGUCAUGUUGGGUUGAAGAGAGAUUUGAAUGUCAAAAUAUAGCAGUGUAUAUAGUCAACAUAUAGCAGUGAAAUUUACCUUCAUAUGGAUUCAUUUUAGCUAUAUAUAAAGGCUUGUCUGAAACUUGUCUAAGCACUUUUGGAGUGUCUAUUUCAGAAAACUGUGAAGUCAAAAGAUGAAGGUUAAAGUAAGUUGUAAACAUGUAAUGCUCUAAAAGUGUUAAAUGCGCACAGUGGUUUGAAUAUACCAGUGUUUGAUGCAAAGCGGCCAUGCACAAGAGGAAAGGGACGUGUCAGAGACAUUUCUACUUUUUAGUUUUAGUAUGAUUGAUACAUGACAUUUUACGGUUUUAGAUGUGCAAAGUCUAUAUUAAUUAGCUACAGCUUUGAGUUUUAAACAAAACAAAGAUUUAUAUACAUUUGUAUCCCUUGCAAAGGAUUUAUGAUGUAUCGCCUUUCUGCAAUAUAGACUGCAUUUGAGUGGAAGUUUUUUCUAUGGACAAUCAAGCUCGAGCCCACAUUUCCACACUUUUCAGGUUGUCUCUUAUACAAUCAGAAUUUAUUCGCAGCACAUGUAAUAUCAGAUAUGUGCUCACACAGUUGGGCCUGGCUAAACCGGAGCAUGAACGCAAAGCCUGUUUGUUGCCCCAGAGUGCUGCCUCAUAUGGGUUUGGCUCUAGGAUUCCUGUUCAUUUUAUAUCAUUUUUACACAUUAUUUAUGUGUUCCACAAUAUAAUGUGAUCAUUUGGGAUGCUGAACCUUCUGAUACUUGUUUUUGGUUCUUGUGUCUCAAGUCAAAGUCUUUGGAUAUGUCAAUUUUUGUAAUAUCACCUUUUAACUUGUAUUGCGAUAAAUCCAGCUUUAUAACUGGGUUCAAAAAUGUGUAGAAUUUGCUAAGCAAGUGAUGUUCAGUAGGGAUGAAGCAGUGUGUCAGUUCACUGUGAUUUCAGUGUUGAGGCCUUUUGGACUAGUGCUUUGGCGGGGCUAAAGCUUGUUCUGAAUGUGUUGGGUUUUUUUCCAUUUUUAGUAAUUAGGCCAUAUUAUGACCCUUUUUGGUGUUAAGGAAAAUUGUUUUACAAAGACAAGAAAUAAACCAAAAAUCUUCACUACAUGGGAUUUUGUGUGGUAAAUUUCUUCAGUCAGCUUUUCUGGGUAAACAGCCAAAUGAUACGUUUUGCUGCUGUUGAGAAAAUGCAGUUGUAGAAUCAGUUGGUGCCAGAGUUGGGAUGUAACAGAAUACAAGUAUCAGACAUUAAGUAUCUGCAUUCAGUCCAAGUUACAUUUUGUAAAGACAGUAUUCAGAAUACAGUUGCUUUUUGUGUUUUUAAGAGAAUACUUUUAGA